CUUCCGGGACCAUUUUUACAGAGACUGAAGAGGAAGCGAGACACUCCAUAUUUUUUUAUUCCAUUUAAAUUAACGUAAGUAUACAAGACCCCUCUGCUAUUGCAUUGGCGUCUACGGGAGACACCCUGUUAAACCGGAACUCAUCGCUUUUUUUCCAAUGGUAAACAGCCGAAGUGAGCUAUCUUCGUUUAUGCACCAUCUUUGAUUUUUAUAUCAGUGGAGGCGAACUGAAGAGGGCUCUGGGAUGCUAACUGAAAACACCAAUUGACGUCGCUUCCUCGUUUCUGGCGUAAUCGCUACACGGAAAAUAAAUGACUAAAUGCAUCCAGGACCACAUUGAAAGAUACCUGUGAAAGCUCUCGCUCCCCCACCCCAAUGUCGAGGUCGCAGUGACGGGGCUGGGCAGAGGCAGAGCCCGGUGCCCCGGCCCCUUUGCCCAGCUGAGGAGCAGCCCCUGACAGGGAGCGCACCAUCUCCCUGUGCCUCGUGUCCUCUGGGGGGGCAUUUUGAGCCAUGGAGCACCCACGGGAAAAAGAGGGUGAGCGACCGGCGCGCAGCAGCAAGGCGGGUCAGGGGCGCAGCGGGCACUCUCGCCCCUCUGGAUCAGGCUCCUCCGGAGUGCUCAUGGUUGGGCCAAACUUCCGUGUGGGCAAGAAGAUUGGCUGUGGUAACUUUGGAGAGCUGAAGCUAGGUAAAAACCUCUACACCAAUGAGUAUGUUGCAAUAAAAUUGGAACCAAUAAAGUCAAGGGCACCACAGCUGCAUUUGGAGUACCGGUUUUACAAAACAUUAGGCAGCACAGCGGAGGGUCUUCCUCAGGUCUUCUACUUUGGGCCGUGUGGGAAAUACAAUGCCAUGGUGUUAGAGCUGCUGGGCCCCAGUCUAGAAGACCUCUUUGACCUCUGUGACAGGACCUUCUCUCUCAAGACAGUCUUAAUGAUGGCUAUUCAGCUGCUCUCACGGAUGGAGUACGUCCACUCCAAGAACCUCAUCUACCGAGACGUGAAGCCCGAGAACUUCCUCAUCGGGCGGCAGGGGCACAAGCAGGAGCACAUCAUCCACAUCAUCGACUUUGGCCUGGCUAAAGAGUACAUCGAUCCCGAGACCAAAAAACACAUUCCUUACAGGGAGCACAAGAGUCUCACAGGAACCGCCCGCUACAUGUCUAUCAACACCCACUUGGGAAAAGAGCAAAGUCGACGGGACGACCUGGAAGCCUUGGGUCACAUGUUCAUGUAUUUCCUACGAGGGAGUCUGCCGUGGCAAGGACUCAAGGCUGACACCCUGAAGGAGCGAUACCAGAAGAUUGGCGACACCAAGCGCAACACUCCCAUCGAGGUCCUCUGUGAAAGCUUUCCAGAAGAGAUGGCCACGUACCUGCGCUACGUGCGGCGGUUGGACUUCUUCGAGAAGCCCGACUACGAGUAUUUGAGGACUCUGUUCACCGAGCUGCUUGAGCGCAAAGGAUACAUUUUUGACUACACCUACGACUGGGAUGGCAGAGCGAUUCCUACUCCAGUGGGGUCUGUCAACGUGGACUCGGGUGCGUCUGCCAUCACGAGAGAGAGCCACGCUAACAGAGACAGGCCCUCUCAGCAACAACCCCUACGGAACCAGAUGGCAGCAUCAGACCGCAGAGGAGCAUGGGAUGCACAGCCCCACCGACAGACAAAUUCCUCCUACCUGAGCAGCUCCCACCUGGCUGCAGACAGGCAUGGGGGCUCUGUGCAGGUGGUAACCUCCACCAAUGGGGACCUGAAUGCAGACGACCCAAUGACGGCCCAUUCCAACGCACCUAUCACAGCGCAGGCCGAGGUGGAGGUGGUGGAAGAGGCCAACUGCGUGAAAAUGCUCAACCUGUGGUGCUGUUGCUUCUUCAAGCGAAAACGGAAGAAGAACACUCCACGGCAGAAAUGAGCUCCUGCUACUCUGUCCGAUGUCACUGAGCGGGUUUGGUUUUAAGGAAACUAAUUAAGGGGCAUUUCCAGUUGUAGUUGGGAGAGAUACUUUUUAUUAUGAGAGAUAUGCGAUUCUUAAUGACCCGGACCUACUGAAUGACCUUCGCCACAGAGACCUUUCUUUGAUAAUUUGACCACUGACACUCCCUCUGGAUACCGGAGAACAUCUCUUAAUCUUCCUCAGUUUUUUUUUCUUCCCUUUUGCUCAAGUGGAGAUAUCCCUCCCUCUCUUUGAGGGAGUGAGGAGACCUUGAGGGAGUGAGGAGACCAGUCUUGCAGUCUAUAGACCCCAUAUUUUUUCUGACUCACGUCUCUCUCUUGCGCUCUCUCUCCCCAUUCACCAAACACUCUCACAUCCCCAGUAAAAGCAGGUCUUAAGCUGUCCCUAAUUGUUUGCUUUUUGUUCAUGCAUAUUUAUGUCUGUACAUAUGUGUGGAUGUAUGAAUGUGUCCUAAUGGUUAAUUGAUUCAUAUGCCACCCAGCCCCUCCCACUUAGCCCUGUUUGACUGUCUUGGAAGUAUAGGAGAUAUUAGGGCAAUUCCACAUCUGGACAGCCUGAAUAUUUUGGGAGUAUCAAAUUGUUCUUGCAAUUCUCACAUAGAAAGUUCAUUGGAAGGAAGAAUGUUUGACAUGUUUUUUACAUGUAUCACAUUUUUUUCUAUCAUAAUGAAAGUGGUUUUCUGGUACUUUGGAAGAUACAGUAUGACCCAUUUUAUACAUAGAUGUUGACAUUAUAGGUCAUUAACCAAUCACAUCCCUCCUUUAGAAUGGCACAUUUAGCAAUUCACCAGCAGAGGGAGUUCCCUUUUUGAAUCCAUUUUCCCAUUCACUGUGUUGGUGAUGCUUAUAAAAGCCUACUCUGGAAAUGUGAUGUACUUGUACAGUGUAUAUAUAUUGUUUCAAACAAUGUCCUAAAAUUAGCAAAUCUAAAAUUGUAUUUCAGAAUGUAGACAUAGUCCAUAUGUUAGAGCACACUAUAAGGAGUAUAAUGACACCAAGAUAUUCUGUGUCAUGUAUGGUGCAUGGAUCAUAAGAUCUUACAGGAGGCAUGUAUAGGUCUAAAAAGGGCCUAAAAUUGCUACUUACAUAAUGAUUAUCUAAAAAAAAAAAAAAAAUGUGAAAGCAUGUCAAACAUCCUUCCUUCAAAUGAAGUUUCUAAAUGAGAAUUUCCAUAGCAAUCCAAGUGUCCCAAAAAUAUUUUUGGGCUGUCCUGGCACAGAAUGGCCCAUUUAUAAAUAAUACUACAAAGUCCUAAAGUAACCUCUUGCUCCAAGCCGAGACACCGCUUCAUGUCCCCUCAUAGAUCUGCAAAGACGUGACCGGUGUAAGCAGUAUGUUAAUAGUUCCACUUUUGCUUCUGGUUGACUAGGUGAUGUUUCCACCACAUUGCUCAACACACAUCCAGUUCUUUCACAUCUAUAAGGGCUUAUUUGGGAUUGGGCAUAAGUAGUCAAAGCAGAAAGAAAAGGUAGAAAAGGAGGAAACAGCGAAAGACCAGCACGUUCCUAAUGCAUCCCUGCCAGGGAAAUAAACCUGCUUGUACUAUUCACCUCACAAGUCACUUACUACAUUUGCCUGGUACCUCCAUAUUUGUAUUAAAAACUACUAAAAGUGCUAAUUAGAAGGAUAAGCAAGAAAAAUGUAAGACAGCAGUUGGUGAGUGACCAAAGGGAUGUGUGUGGACAGAGGACCAGUUGUUACCAGAUUGGGAUUUAUUUCUGAAAAUGAUUUGAAUUCUAGAUCCCUGUGUUUGAUGCACUGUUCAUUAUAGCAAAUGCACAUCAUUGCUUGUAACCACUCACUCCUUUUCAACUUCAGGCCUUGGUCUAUUGUACAUUUUUGGGGGAGACAAUCUAUUGACAAUAGAUCAGUUACGAGUUGCAUUUUGCAUUGCUUUAGUUAACAUUGCACGUACCCCUAAACUGGUCCCUGUUAUCCACAAACACUUUGAUUUCUCUGUGUGGAUGAAGGAAAAGUUGCUUCCAAAUGCUGAUCUAAGGUCAGUUAAGCUUUUUUACCUCCUAAUAUUUAAGGCUAGGAUUGGGAUAGAAUGAACUGAUCCCAGAUGUGUACUUCGGGGCAGCUUCUACCGCCAGUCUGUCUGUAUACAGAAUCUUGGAUAAGGAGAACAGACUUAGCUCUCCCAUUGAUUUAGAUGCUACUGCUCCCUCUUCUGGCCUUAACAUGGAAUGCCUUAAUCAGAUCACCUCUCAUUAGAGCCUAUCAGGAUAGGUGUCUGGUCACUGCAACAACAUACCAGCCAAUAAGAAGACAUGCAUGUUGACGAGUCUGAUUCCAAAAGAGCGGCCGUUCUCAACUCCAAUCCUGGGGUACCAUCUGGUGUUGCACAUUUAUGUUCUAGCCCUGCCCUAACACACCGGAGUCAACUAAGUUGAAGCUUCAAUGCAGCCUUUUUUACAUUUAUUUUUUAUCUCCAUAUCAAAUUAGUUCUGGGUAACAAUUAAGUACCUUACUGGCAUUGUUUUAAAUUUAAAAUGGUCAAAAUGAAAGACUCUUAACAAAGAGCAAUUUCUCAAGCUAUUUUUUUGCUCGGAUUGUCAGUGAUCUGAGUGGGGAGGGGAAAACUGUAAACGAGCUGUUAUUGGCAGAGUGGUGAAUUUCACAGUAUUGUUCCAACCUCAUAGUGUGGAAAUGUAUAUAAAACACAGAAGAAUCAUGUUUUUGACUGCACUGGGCCUUUAAGUAUUUGAAUCAUGUCUGUUAGUGCUGGGCCUGAACAAAAAAAGCUGCAAUGCUGCAGUGUGGACCUUCAAGACCUGGACUUAAAGCCCCCCAUGCAGUCUUUACUAUUUAAUUUUAAAUCAUCACUGUGUCUAAUAAAUCACUGUUUAUUUCAUGAAAAUAACAAAUAUAUUUUUGAUCAUUUAAUACCCUGAGCCUUAUUUGGCCCUUGAAAUGCUGUCUGACCAUGUGGGCGUUAGGAAAUACGUUUGAAGAUACACAGCCAUAAUUCCGAUUACAAUAACCCGAAAAAUAUUGAGUCCCGGUUAUGUGAAACCAGGAUAAGAUACCUGAGAUAUGCUGAUCUUAGACGGGAUACUGUGGCAUGUAAACAUCUCAUCACUGUUUACUGUUGUUUUUUGCAGUCUGCACAGGCUCAGUUGCGCAUAUCAUUGGUGUUAUGUGAUGUUUUCAUCAGUCAAACAAAUCACUCCAAAGAGAAGGCGAUCUGCGCUGUUCGAUCCAUCAUAAUUCCAUAAUAAUUGAUUUUGCUGAUACUCUGUACUGGACUGUAUAGCAUGCUGGCUACUUUCACCCCUAAAUUAGACACUUCUGCUUAUAAUUUCCGACAUUUGGUAGGUCAAAUCAUUUCGGACAUUUGGUAGGCCAUUUCUUUGUCAACUAUAGUUAGAUACAUGCAUAUUUUAUUCUGUCAUAACUUGUUGCCAUAGAAGACUAAAUAAAGUAGUGCUCACCAGAAUGUCUUACAUUGAUAGAAUGAAUGCAUUACAUAGGAGGUUGGUGUCACCUUAAUUGGGGAGGAUGGGCUCGUGGUCAUGACUGGAACGGUAUAAGUGUCAAACACAUGGUUUGAUGCAAUUCCAUUCGCUCCGUUUCAGCCAUUAUUAUGAGCCGUCCUCCCCUCAGCAGCUUUGACUGCUGCAUUCGUAAUCUAGUUAACACCAGUAAAAUGGUCUGUUUCGUUUAGGGACCGGGAGAAAACGCAAUAACUCCAAAACAGUGGAAAGAUUGGUCCUGAGCAAAAUGACCAAUGUCAUCAGUUUGAUCGGUUUAAAGGAAAUGAAAAGCAGAGAACUAUGAAACAUUUCUGUUAAGACUUAAGUUCUUCUUGGGUGAAUAUUUUAUAUGCUUGAAAUACUGUCUUCUGGCAUAACGGUGUCAAAGAUAACCCAUUACAAUCGCCAAAGCAUUUUCUCAAGAGAUGCUGAUAGAAAUAAAUCAUAUUUCUCCACUCCUGUUCCCGAGACAAUUAUAAUUUGUUGUAUCAUAGUACUGCAAGAAAUCCAUAAUUCUGCAGGAGUUAAUAUUAUAUUAUGCUCCAUGUGAGACGUUAUAGGCCUACAGUAAGUGUCCAUAUUUCAGUUACUUUUCCAUUUAACCCAUAAUAACUAUAAUGACUAGUAUUCUGUUUAUUCUCAUGAACGGGAUAUCGAAGGUGCAUGUAAACAGCAUAUCCCGAAUAAGAACUUAAGCGGAAUAUGAGCUACUGUCCUGAAUAUUGUGCGCAUGUAAACGUGGUCACUAUUUAGCCUGGUAGAGAAAGCAGAAUUUGAAUAUUUAAAAUAUAGGAACCUCCUUUGUGUCCUAUGUAAUGUCAUCGGAGUGAAAGGAAGUGAAUGGCCUCUGCAGUCAAAACAUUUUGAGGUUGUGAAAUGCUGAACUUGAGAAUGAUAUUCAACCCACCCCAGUGUUGACUCCUGAAUGGUUAUCUUGUCUAUUUCGAUAUAUUGUUUUGUUGUUAAUGUGGACAAAAAAUGUAUGAUGUACUGUAAUUUUACAAAAUGUAAUCAUUGAAUGACCUUGCUUUUUGGUGGGGGAAGGUAUUUAAACAGUGAUUGAGUGCACUACUUCUGCACCUACUGUUGUCUGUAGUUAGGAUGCCGGUCUCGUUCUCUACCAUCUCGAUCAGGUGUAUCAAACUCAUUCCAUGGAGGGACUAGUGUCUGCUGUUUUUUUUCUUCUUUUUUCAAUUAAGCCCUAGGCAACCAGAUGAGGGGAGUUCCUUAUUAAUUAGUGACCUUAAUUCAUCACUCAAGUACAGAGAGGAGCAAAAACCCGCAGACGCUUGGUCCUCCGUGGGAUGAGUUUGACACGUGAUCUAGGUACUAUCCACGUUCAUUUGUGUGUUAUGGAAAUGGUGGAAAGAACUCGUGGCCUUGAGGCAAGGCUGGGGGAAUUGUCCAUUUCCUUAUAUGCUUCUAUUGAAUAACUCCCUUGUACACAGACACACAGGCGUGAAACCCAAGCACAGUGUUCAUUAUUUUUACUUUUUUGUCUUUUGGCGGGAUCCCAAGUUAACACUGACUAAUGCCCCCUGGUGUGCAGGAGGACUUUUGUCUUUCCUAUGAUGACACAUUUAUCUUUGGCAUGUCCACUCCCUAGCUGCCUUUUAUGGAUGGACAAACAAAUGUUCUGUAUAUUUUUGAGUAACAAAGAGUUUUUGUGUGCUGUGUGUGGAUUUAAGUUAUUUCAAAUGUACUUGAAUGGAAAGAUAUGGGACGAGUCUUAGUGGAAUGUCAGGAUUUACGCGGAUGCCAUUGUCGGACUAAAUUCUGUGCGUAUGAGCAAUGUUCUUUAUGCAUGGAUUGGUCGAUUGAUUGAUUUACCCACAUGUCAUUGAGGCUUUUAAGACAUCAAUGCUGACCACAGCAGGCUAAUUGUGUAGUGGCUAAAAGUCCAGGCUUAGGCUGUUGUCAUGUAUCUCUCGCUCUUUCUCCCUUUUGCUCUCAUUCAACUCUUUGUUGAGGACUUCCUCCCUUCCUUGAAGUAAUUACUGAUCUAACCAGAGGAGGCUGGGGUUCUAUAGGAGGAUGGGCUCAUUGUUAAUGGCUGGAAUGGAAUAUAUGGAACAGCAUCAAGCAUAUGGAGAUAGCAUGUUUGACUCCGUUCUAUGUAUUCCAUUCCAGCCAUUAACAAUGAGCCUGUCCUCCUCUGGUUAGAUCAGCAAUGAUUUGACAGGUGAAAGUGAUGACUUUUCCCUCAUGGCUUUCACCUGUCCAGUCAUAGCUAAUUAGUGAUUACUUAAAUGACAGGGAGAAAGGGCAGUGUUUGUACCAGGACUUUUGACUUGCUAUGAGGCUGGUGUAGCACGGAGGUGCUGACCCUAGAGUUUCUUGAAAGGACAGAGGACUUCCACACGCCCCUGGUGGCAGUAUAUAUUUCUAUAUUUGCCCAUACAGCUGUCUGAUCCCACUGUGGGUCAUUUUGAAGCCUUACAUUCCCAUUGCUCCAUGACAUGUUAACAUAACCCCCUCCAAUGGCAGGGUUUGUUUGAGAUGUCACUCACUGUAUUGGGAUAAUCUAUGGAUAGAUGUAUACCUCAGAGAAAAGCCAUUUCUGACUCUCACCACACACAUGCACAUUCUCAUUCCCUUUCUCCUUUUUGCUCUCUCAUUCAGUCUUUGCUCCCCAGUGCCAGCUUGUUGACCUCUGGUGCCAAGGGCGCUGAAAUGUUAGCGUGUUGUAGACAUGAGCCCUAUUCUCUGCUCUUAAGAUGGUGUCAUUUUAGACCCAUUCAGUGGGUUAGCUGGAUCAUUGCAAGUGAUUUUGAACAGCCAUUCAAAAUAAAAAUAAUUUGCCAUGUUAUGCUUGUGUGACAACCAUACCAUAUCAGAAUUUGUGUAGUGAAAUAUUAUUUUGCUUGGGCGCAUUUAGGUGACAUGAUACAGAUGAUUUGCUUCUUUCAUUAAGUAUUCUAGGCCUGCUUGUUUUGCUUUAUCCCAACCACCAAAGUUAUUGUUUUGUCAUCCCUGUUUUCUUAUUAUUGUUCAUUUUUAUUAAGGAAACCACUUUAUCAAUAUAUGUUUUGCCAACUUUUGUGUAACAUGUACAUAUGAGAAGUCCUCUCUAAAUUAUUUAGUUGCUGUAGAGGGGUCAUAGCUUUUUAACCUCCAUCAGCAACCAGUAGAUGACACUGAGUCAGAUGGCUUUGGCUGGUUGUAUCCUCAUGCCUUCUGCAUACUGCAUAAAGGGGUAGAUUUAAUUAUGAGGUCUUUUCAUUGGUUUUAAGCACAAAGUUAUUGUAUUGGUAUACAUUGUGUGCUUUUAAAUAAUACUGUCCUGCUUAUAUGAGCAAGGCCCACCAGGGCCUUAAUGACCAUUUUUCAUUCUUACUGUCAUUCCAGAUAAUCUCUGCACUUUCUCAGUGUUUGAGGGAUCAUUUAUCAACAGUUGCUUGCAUUUGUCUACAGAACUGUGUAGGGUGCAAGCUGCAAAUACUGCUCAAGUGAAGACUUCCUGACAUUACCUUCAGUUGCUUAUAUACUGUAGACCUCCAGUGGUUAGAUACAAGACUGCAAUAUUGUACUGAUUAUUUUUAAUCGUAAAUUAUGUGAAGUUUAUUUUGUUUUUAUGUUCAAAUUGGAGUCUAUUUUCUCAGCCUGGUUUUCUUUUCACCCUCUUCAAAGCUGUGGAACGCAAACUUGUACAGUGCUAUGAGAGCUUAUGUCUCGUGUUCUCUGGUAAUGGUUUCAAAGCUAUGAAUAUAAGAAUCAAGUCUUAAAAUUGUAUUGUGAAUAUUGUGUUGAAACAUGAAUGUUACUUCAAAAUGUAUUUGAACGCUUUAACCAACCUAGUUAAGGGCUCCUAUCCUGAAAAACCCCUCGUUUUUUUCAGGUUUUUGAAUUUCUUCUUUUUUGGGGGGGGUUGGACUGUCAUACUAUGCCUACUUCCCAGAGGCCUCAAGUGAAACAUGUCAUGGGACCUUUCCAAAAUUUCACUACACUACUUCAAAAUAACUCAACUCAAGUUUGCACCCAUUUUUUUAUGUAAAAUAAAAAUCUCUCUUAACCUUUA